UAGAAGGUGAGCUUGCCUUGGUUUCAGCGUCACUGUCUGCAGUCAGCCAACCACUACUCUUUCGUCUCCACCAAACUUCAUUGGAUUGCCCUCGCCUCAGUGCAAAAUGGCGAUAUCACAGGCUGCCGCGGCUGGGGACGACGGGCUUACGGGAUGGGAACGCGGCGAGCGCCGUGAGGCCGCCGAGGCCGCCGCCAUUGCCGCAGAUACAUCGCUGUCGGAGCCCGCCAAGAUCGACGCACUGGCGCGUGUGCGAAACUGGUUCGCGGGCGACACGUCGACCAUCGACCGGUACCUGGCGGGAGAUCUCCCGUUGGCCGAGGCAGUCGAGAUGCUCGCAGCGCCGAUCGACCGCGCCUACAGCACUGCCGACCACGGGCGCAAGCUGUGGGAGUCGGAGCGCACCGCGCGGAACCAGCGGCAGUAUUGGAGCCCAGAGAAGGCGCUUGAGAUGUGGGGCGCGCAGGAGGACUUCCCUGAGCCCGCGGAGGAGACGGAGGGGAUGCUCAGCACCGAGGGCGGGCUGUGGGAACUCUGGUACGCCGUGCUGCACGCCGCGAAGCGGAUCCCGUGGUACUCGCCCCGGGAUGGCGAGGGUCAAUGGGAGGGGGAGGGGGAGGGGGAGGGGGAGGGCCAGCGGCCACAGAAGCGGCUGCUGGAGCUGGUGCAGGCGCUGAAGGCGCGGCCGAACCCAUCGCCGCCCGAGCGCAUGACCACGGCGCUGCGACGCGACUGGAUCUGGGAUUCGGGUACGCUGUGGAGCGACCUGGUCAUGCUGGGCCCCAGCGCGCGCGAGGCAUGGAACGACUCGCCCGGGUGCGGGGCUGGGUGGACGGCGCCCGAGCAGCGCGCGUGGGCCAACGUCAACGCCUUUGUGGCGCGGCUAACGGCCACAGCCACAGCCGACUUCCGUCUCUACGCCAUGUGGGCGCUGCGUGACGCGCUCGAGGAGGAUCUGAAGCCGCGCAACCUCCACGUUGCCGCGCCGCCCGCCGUCAGGCUCGCUUCCAAUGUCGCUGCCGCUGCCGCCUGGAUCCUCGUCGCCGGUGACUUCCUGUAUGCGCGUCACGCGGACGGCGAGCGCUAUGCGCAGGAGGCCGACGUGAGCCUGGCGGCGAGGGGGAAGCAGCUACCCUGGCAUGGGGACAACGAAAUCAGCACGGCGAGGUGGCGGUUCUGGUGUCGCAGGUUCGGGCAGGAGGCGCAGAACGCCGAGCUGCCCGCCGAAGUCAGGGAGCUCGCGCGCAGGUCGGGCGAGCGGAUCAACGCGUUGGAGCAGGCGGACACGGAAAGGGUGGUGGAUGGCGACUCGAAUUAGAGGCUUAUGCAACUUUGCCAGGUAGUGGAAGACUAAAAUAAUAGCCACGAUAUAAAACUUCUGGCUCUCGAGCUCAAGCUGUAUUAAUAUUUACACAUACUACAAUGCACCUUUCACAAAAUCAUCCAUCUUCACCCAACUUGCGAACUU